CAUAUAUAGCCGGGAGCCGAUGUCUAGACACCAGUUGAGCUGAGACCUUCACAAGUGACACAGUCAUGAAGACAUUGGUGUUGAUCCUGACGGUGGCGGUGGCGGCGUUGGCGAAACCCGAUGGCGGCUACGGCGGCCAGGGUGGCGGCGGCGGGCAGGGAGGUGGUGGUGGGUUCCCCUCAGCACCCGCCCAGUACAACUUCCAGUGGGACGUCAACGACUCUCCCUCAAACAACUUCUACGGUCACCAGGAGCAGAGGGACGGCGACAACACAAAGGGCAGUUACUACGUGCAGCUGCCUGAUGGUCGCCGUCAGCUGGUUGAGUACUUCGCUGAUCAGACCGGCUACCACGCCACCGUCACCUACGAGGGCGAGGCCACCUUCCCUACCGGGGGUGGUGGUGGUGGUGGCGGUGGCUCUCAGCAGGGCUAUUACCAGUAGCUGACCCACACUCAUCUCAGCUGCGAAGUUUUUCUAACUGUGUAAACCUUGCCUUUGUUGGUCAUAACUAAGGAGCAAAUGUUUGGUAAUCUCACAUCUCUGUUGUUGAUACUUUUUUCGCGUAAUGUUUUGUGAUAUUCAUAAAUCUCCGUUUCUGUU